AAAGAGAGAGAUGAAGAAGCUCAGAAGAAAGAUAAAGAGCUACUUGAAGUGAAUGCUAAAUUGUCCAAGUUGAAACUUCAAGCAAAAGCUAAACAAGCUAGGGAAGCCAAAGAUGCAAAAGAAUCCAAGGGAGGUAAAUCUGUGUCCAAAAAGGAAGCAACAGAAGUGGCAGAAGAUAAGGGUACUGGAGAAGAUGAAGGGCAAGCCAGCAGGGCAAAGUCUCGACUACUGAAAAAGAAACUUGAGGACAAGGAUCGGAUUAUAAAAGAGAAAGAAGAGAUUGUGACCUUGAAGGACCAGCAGAUAGAAGUGAAAGAGAAGAUAAUAGCGGAGAGGGAGGACAUUAUAUCUACACUUACCAGACAACUUGAAGAUAAAACUAAACUUAUGGAGGAAAUGAACAAUCAGGGGACAACUGGGGAUGAUUCUGAGGUGAGGGUACAGCAGAUGUAUGCUCAAAUAGUUUACAAAGACAAGAACUUACUCGAACUCAACAAUAAAAUCCUUGAACUGGAGAGACGACUCAUUGAUCUACAGGAAUUUAUUGGAGAGAAAAAUGAAGUUAUACGUGGCAGAGAUAAAGUUAUACAGGUUUUACAAUCGUCUAUAAAAGAGAAGGAUCAGAGUGUUACAGAUCAUGCAAUGCUCGUUACUAAACUUACAGGGAAGGUUGAAAGUAAUGAUGAAGUACUGGGACAACUCCGAGAACAGGUGGACAAAUCUGGCCAUGAUCUUCAACAAGAAAGAGAAAGAUUUAACCUUCGACUUACAGAAUCUCAAAAAUAUUUUGAAGAAACAUUAAAAGAGCAGGAAGAAAGCCUUGCUAAACUUCGUAAAACAAUAACAGAUAAAGAAGGUGAAUUACUGGUAGCCGAAAAUGAUUUGAGAGAAUUAAUUACCAGGCAUGAAAGAGAUAUACAAAAAAUUAUGUCGAAAGGUGAAGUUAAUAUUCAGGAUCCUGUGAUUCAAAUGUUAGAACAGAAACUAAAAGAUACAAAUGAAGUUUUAGAAGGUAAAAUAAAGGUUAUAGAGGUCCUUCAAAAAGAAUCUAGUCAGAAAGAAAAAGAUUUAGAGGAGAGUAGAGAAAUUCAGAAAAGUUUUAAAGAAAAGCUACAACAAAUGUCAGAGCAGAUGAUGUUGUUCCAAGCUAAUUUAGUAGACAUGGAGUCACAGUGGCAAGUUGAAAGGAAAAAAUAUGAGCACAAAAUUAGUGAACUUGUAGAAAAACAUGAACAGGAAAGUACAGAAAAAGACAUUCAAAUACAAAGUUUGAAGUCUUCAGCUGAUCAGUUAGAAGGUGCUUACAAUCAGUCAGUAACACAGUACAGUGCUUUACAAGAGAGAUAUCAUCAAUUAGCAACAACAGGUGCUAGAGGAGAAACAAACGAUAAACCAGCAGAUAUUCAUAAAGGUGGUGGUGGGGAUUCAGAAAACAUUGAAACUCUUCAAGCUAUGAUGAAGGAGAAAGAUCAGCAGUUAGAGGAAUUAGAAUGUUUAAAACAGAAAUCUGAAAGCUUGACACAAAUGUUCAGAGAAAAACAAGAGGAGAGUGAAAAAUACAGACAACUUCUAGAAGAUAAAGAGAAAGAAUUAGAAGUUUUACAGAAAGGUGCUACUGAAGAUUCUGGUGCUACUAGUAAAGGAGGGGAUACUAAAAUGCUGAAAAUGAAGGCCCAACUAACUGCCAAGGUUAAAUCUCUAGAGAAAGAAAUUGCUCAGUUGAAAAAGGGUUCAAACAAAUCUGAUGAACUGGACAGUUUAAAGAAUGAACUUGCUGGUAUAACAGAGGAAAGAGAUUCUCUCUUAUCAAAACUUGCCAACUUUGACCAACUUACUUCACUUAAAGAGGAGUUAGAACAAAAAAUCAGAGACUUUGAAAAGAAAUGUGUAAAUCUGGAAGAAAACAAGAACCAGUUGACCUCUGACCUAGAAACAAUUAGGUCAGAAAAAGAUCAGCUACAAGAGGAGGUCACUAGUCUACAAGAGACUUUAAAUCAGUCUCAAAAAGAAACAGAGAUUUCUCAGAUGCAGAAAUCCAGUGAUCAAGAAAAUGAGAUUGAGCAGAAGAAAUCAGAGAUUGUUCAAUUACAACAAGAACUCAGCUCUGUUAGAGAAGCUCUAGUUAGAGAAACAAGUUUGACAGAACAGCUGAAAGGAGAAAAAUCGUUGUUAGAAGAGAGAGCAACUGAAGCUGCCCAACAAAUAAAAGGUCUGGAGAAGACGAGAGAAGACCUUGAAGUAGAGAUUGUAAGUUUAAAUAGAAAGAUAACAGAUGAACUGCAACAAUCUCUGAAUGAUGCUGAGACAGAUAAAGAUCAACUCAAACAUAAGCUGGAAGAACUGCACACUGAGCUAGAGUCAGUGAAGAGUUUAUCAAAGGAGCAGAAAGACAACAUAAACCAGUUAACUGUUACCGUAGAAACUCUCACAUCUGACAAACAUGAGCUAGAAACUCAGAUUACCUCCCUUAGUAAUACAUCAACAGAGUUGGAUAAUAAGAUGAGAGAUACAGAAGCUGAGAAG